CAAGACUAUUCUAAGGAGCAAGGAUCAACUUGUUCUCUCUUGUGAUUUGGAACGUUUAAGAAUGAAGGGCAACUAUUCAUAAAUAAAGGCAUUAGUAAUCUGUUCAGUUGGGCGUAGCAGAUGUGUCAAAUAAAUCUAUGAAUACGCUGGUUUUGUGCAAGGAGACCUAAACGAGAAUAGUUCCUGACAGCGUUUAGUUCUGACACACAUUAAGAAAAAAGGGAAAGUUUUGGAAAGUCCGUGCAAUAGGAUGGUCUUACUUAAGACUUUACUGGUACUGGUUCUUCUACAAGGGCUGGGGCACGCAAAUGGCGAUUGGCGAUGCAAUAGAUGCAACGUGAAGUUCAGAGCGAUCGGCUGUUACAAGGACAAGAAACACGACCGCGCACUGUCCGAGCAAAUACUGAACGAGCGAGACACCUCUAGUAAUGUGUAUGGAAACCAGUUGAUCGACUGGCACGACUGGAAUGACUACUUGUCUGGUUUCGCAUGUCGCUGCGCCAAAGUAGCACGAACAAAGGGCUAUAGUUUCUUUAGUCUUCAGUUUUACGGCGAAUGCUGGAGUGGACCCGAUGUCAUAACGUCUGUUAAAUACAACAAGCAUGGCGAAUCCGACAAGUGUAUUACGGAUGAUUACCAGAAAUGCGGCAAGUUCAGUCGGUUCUGUGUAGGCGAGCAGUGGACAAACUUUGUUUAUGAGAUAGUGAGACCAACAUGUAGGGUGGAAAGGGUCGGUUGCUUCAAGGAUCAUCAUUAUUCUGGUGCUAGGCCAUUUCCAGAGUACGUCCAAACAGACCGAGAUAUAUCUAUACCGAUCUAUACUGGCACCCCUAUUGACUGGAGGAACUGGGACGCUUACAUGCCUGAUGAAGUAUGUCGAUGCGCGAAAGCCAUCAAAGCUAAGGGAUACAGAACCUUCGGCAUUCAAUUCUAUGGUGAGUGCUGGAGUGGACCGGACAGUGAGGUACAAUACUGGAGGGAUGGAAAAUCGGACCAGUGCGUAAACCAUUGCUUCAAACCUUGCAAGGGAUUCGACAAGUUCUGUGCUGGAAAAAACCACGCUAACUUCGUCUACCGGCUCCAAGAGGCACCGUGCGAGAUUAAGCACAAACCUGAAGGCUGCUUCGCCGAGAAAAGUGAUGACCGCGCCUUCAAGACCGAACUGUUGGACCGUCUUGAUCCCGCCAGCCCGCACUUUUAUGGCAGUAUCCUGGACCUGGAAAAGUGGAACGAGUUUUCGAGCUUUGUCUGCGCAUGCGCUCGUGCUGCCAAGUUCAAUAAUUUCAAUAGCUUUGGGAUUCACAAUAAUGCUACUUGCUGGGGUGGAAAUGCGGUGGCAGUGCAUGGCAAGUCGGACGAAUGCGUCAAUGACAAAGGUCCAUGCCCGGACGAUAAAGAGUCGGACUGUGCCGGUGGACCAAACUCCAUUUACGCCUACACGAUCUACGAAUGAAGAGAGCCUUGAUUCACUUGCCAUAAUCUGGAGAGGAGUUUUCAACCUUAAAUUGACAAUGAUAGCAUUCUCUGUAAAUAGAGCAAGCCAUCGCAGAAUCAUGGGGGAAAAACGUAGCAACAUUUAAAAGAAAAUUCGCCAAAAUUGUGUAUUAAAUUGAGACACGUGAAAGAAAUAGUAUAAAACCAAUAGACAAUAAACAAUAAAUUAUAUAAUCACAUCUAAAUAAAACUACAGGAUUAAACGUA